AAAGCGAGCUAUAUAGGUGAUAAUUUUGAAUAUUCAGAAUAGAAUUAAUCUAAAAAUGUUCGCGUUGUGUUCCAUACUGAGCUUAAUUUUAUUAAAGGACUCAGUACACGCAACUUCCAGAAUCAUAGGAGGAAGGUCUGUUCAGAUUGAAGAAUUCCCCUAUCAGCUGAGCUUGAGGUAUAACGGGACACCGAUAUGUGGUGCAGCAUUAAUAACCAAAGAUAGAGCUUUGACAGUAGCACAUUGCUUCCCGAAACAAGGAUUGUAUUCCGUCCGAGCAGGAAGCCGUAGAACAGAUGAAGGAGGAAUUGUAGUUAAUGUUAAACAAGCCAUAUUGCAUCCGCGAAAUAAUCUACAGAACGACGAUUUCGAUAUCGCCAUCAUCAGGUUGGAGAAACCCUUGAGUUUCUCGAAAACAAUUCAGCCUGUUAAACUACCCAAAAACAACGAGUGUCCACUGGCAGGAAUGAAAGGAUUUGUAUCAGGAUGGGGUAGUAUCUCAUCUGUUUAUACGUACAUCCCUGAUACUCUUCGAGCAGUUGAACUUCCAAUACUCCCACAACAGUGGUGUCAGGCAAGCUACAGACAUGUUCAAAUUACUCCAAGGAUGUUCUGUGCUGGAUACAGAGAAGGAGGAAGAGAUUCUUGUCAGGGUGAUUCUGGAGGACCUUUCGUGUCAAAUGGCACCCUUUUUGGAUUGGUUUCCUGGGGUUUCAACUGUGCCGAGCCUGGUUAUCCUGGAGUUUACACGAACAUAGCAAGUCUUCGGAAAUUCAUAAAAAAUUAUACGGGUGUUUGACA